CCCAUGUACCAUCCCCAUUGAUCCCGCACAUCCCCCCUCUUUUCCCCAUUCCCAUAGGCACCAGCCGCUACGCUCGUUAUCCUGGUUAUCUCUACUUUUCUUCACUUCCCCUACUCUUCUCUCCCUCCUCUCCGUUCUCUUCUCUUCAUGUAUUCCCUCUCUACCCUCUCCCUCAAUCCCUAUAUCCUCAUAGCCGUGACUCUCUCCAACGUCUUCAUCCUCUGCAUGGUCUUGUAUGCUCUAGACGUGCUAUCUUUCGGCCGUACCCAGUACCGUUGAUCGCUUAGACACAACCAGCAUCCAGUCGACUCCAUUGCCCAAUCACCCUCAGUCAGUCAGUAUGGGAGGCAAGAUCCAGCUUCCUACGGGAAAAUCCUCCAGGGGACCGCAGCUGUCAUACCGCGAUGAUCCGGACCGCGCCGAAACGGCCUCAAUGGCCUCGGCCGUGACCAUGGAUGAAUACCCCGAGGAAGAACAUCUCCCUUCGUAUCACGACGUCCCUGAUAUCGUCCCUCAGACGCAGCAUGAGAUCUCGUACCAUGUUAUCCCCGCCGUCCCGGAAUCCACUGUCUCCAGCGACCUCAAGACUAUUUCCACGACAUAUUCCCCAUUCUCUACUUCAGUCGAGACUCUGUCGACAUUUAUCACCGAACAGGCCGCAUACCCGCCAACUUAUACCCUAUAUCUCAAGGGCACGCACACCGAGACCUUCCGGGGCCGUGGUGACAAAGGCAACAAGAAAGAGACAGUCGUUGACUUCGACAUCAAGUUGCCAAUGACGCACCUGCUCAUCUGCCCGAACCCCAUUCACAAGACCAACGCCUCUCACUGCACCGACCAGCGCGGUACGCAAUGCCGCUACCUCCUCACCCCACAGGCCGGCGAGAAAGCACACCGCGGCACGGUCCUCGCCAACAGCAAGGACAUCAACUGGCAGCCCGAAGACGGAGAGAGCAUGAUUCACUCAUGGUGCCAAGCCUACGUCGAGGACAAGUCGUCCAUCAAGUCUCUCGAAAUCACUCGCACCGUCCUCCUACAUGACACCUCCGUCGUCGAAGGCCUUGUCCGCCGUAUCGUUGACAGCACCUCCUACCGCGGCCACACCAAGGUCCACGCCGUCGCCACAAACUCAAAAAUCAUCAUCUACUCUCCCCACCGCAUCAAUACCCUCCGCCAGAACAAGUAUCUCUGCUGGUUCACCUAUCUCACCUUCCUCUGGCUCUUCACCUGGCCCGCCCUCUUCUUUAUGACUAAGCGCUACACGGGCAUCACAGCCGCCUUCCCCUACCGCCGCGAGGAAGCCGACAAGAUCAACGCCAAGAACCUUAAUAACUGCACCGCCAAGCCCCUCGUCAUGGCUGAACCGGCCUUCGUAGCCAGCUGGCGCGAUGCCCUCAGACGUGCCGUGUUGGGACAGCAUCAGGGCUGGGUGGACGAGGUGUACAGGGCACAGACGUCGCAGAUGGCGAUUUCGGGGAAUGAUAACGCGCGGGUGCAGAGCACUGGGGCGGCGUUUUUGCAAGGUGUGGUGGGCGCUGCUGUUAGUAUCGCGACUGGACGGCAGGCGAGGACUGGGUGGGGAGCUGACUCUUGAGUCCUGACUGGUGUUAUUUUUAUUUGUAUACUGUUUGGGAUAUAUGGUUUAUAUUUGGUUGGUGUUAAGCAAGUUGGAUUGCGAAGCGGCUUAUUUGGAAGCAGAGCAGGAUGUAUUCAAAUUUGGAUUUUGCACAAGGGAAAUUAUAGGUACUCUAGUUGAUGAUAUUUACGGCCUCGGUGUCCCAUUAUCAAUUGACCCUGCAGGAUGCACAAAGCUUCAUUCCUCUUAUCUGCACGAUUAGCCCGGACUACAACAGCGAUAUACUCUGAAUCUUCAGUAUUAAGUAAACUUCACGUUCCAUACUGUUAAUGCUUCCGUGGUGAAUCACCGAGUGGUCUCUUUCACAGCGUAUUCUUUAACGCUGUUUGUUUGAAUCCCUAUGCCACCAGGCAGCAAGUGUAUGAUUCCUUGUCAACCAUAUAUUUACCGCCAACUGCCUCAUUCACACCUGAUUACACGUUGAAGUAUCUAUAUAUUUCAAGCUUUUCCACCCACAUCUCCAAUUAUCUCCAAACCUUCCAUGGCAAAACAAUUUUACUACAAAUCCAGCACUACACACCCACCAUCAUCCCACCAAGCCUCCUUCCUAUCCCCACACAUCCACCAUGCCUCCCCCCCACGAAACCCUCUUCUUCCUAACCGGCGGCACCGGUCCGCGCCCAACACAAGCAGCUUUCUUCGCAGCCGCCGCACAACGGACUGCAAAGACGCAAGAGAUCAGAAGGGAACGCGAGAUGAGGAAAGAGAAAAUGAGGGAGGAGAAGGUGCAGAGGGAUAAGGCGUUGAGAGAUGUCCCUGGUUUGGGGGCGCGGGUUAUGCGGUUGCUUGGGCUGAGGGG